UUUUCCUAAACUAUCUGACUCAGCUCUGGUUCUAUUUAGUUCUCCUGAGUUACCUUUGCAUUGUCAUUCUCGUGAUCGGUCGUUUAUUGUCGCGCAAUAAAUCCUCGCAAUCCCACGUACAUCGCAAAUGUGUCGUCCGCCGGAAUCCGGAGUUCCUGCGGGAGCUGCAUCUUCAGGAGCUAACUUCGUAUCUGAAUUACCCGCACACGCGCUUAAGGCUGCGGAAGCAGUCAAUAAUUCAAACGCUCAACAGGCCUGGGCGUGGAACGGCAUGGUUGGAGCAGGGCUUCCGAAUGGACGCUUUCAGGCGGUGCACGAUGAGCCGAAGGCCACUUUUACUGCUGCGCAGCUUCAGCCGCACGGCCAUUUUUUCCCCACCAUGGCGAACUCGCAGCUCCACCAAGCAGCAUCGCAGCAGCAGCAUUUUCAACAGCAGCUGCAGAUGCUUCAGCAGAAACAGCAGCUGCAGCUCCUGCAGCAACAGCAGCAGCAGCAACAGCAGCUGCGACUGCAGCAACAACUGGCCCAGGCGCAGCCGACGGCUUGGAAUCCGAUGAAGGGACUCAUUCAGGCGGGGUCUCAGGAAGAGCUGCAAAAGCAGUUCCACGGCUCGUUGGUCCCGUCUUGGCCGCAGCAGGUAGUUCCUGGAGGGAGCCUCGAAGCCUGGGCGAAGUCGUCAGGAGCAGCUAACAUCGCUCCGCGACCCGUUCAGAGUGCAUCAGGUCCGGGAUUCGGGUUCAGCUCCUAUCCUGAAACGGAUCCUCAUAACGCGGAGGAGGAUGACGAGGAAUUGGAUGAGAAGAAGUACAAGCGAAUGAUGUCUAACCGCGCAUCCGCGAAGAGAUCGCGGCAGCGCCGUCAGGUGCGGCUGGAGGAGCUCGAGAUUCAGUCCGCGAAGCUCAAGAUGGAGAACGCCGCCGUGCAGCGCCGGCUGACCGAGGCGACCGACAAGAUCCGCCGCUUCCAGGACCAGAACGCGAGCCUGGAGCGCGAGCUGAAGCGGCUCCGGAGAGAGCUGGACGAUUGCACCGGCGGCGGAAGCCACGCCGGAGCGGCGGGGUCGACUCUAUCGCAAGACAGCAAGCCAUCGUCGCCGGGGAAAGAGUCUGGUCUUUCGUCCCCGCGCACUGCUGUCACAGAUGUGCAGGCUGGGGAGGAGACGAAUGGAUCGGGUAAGCGAAGGAGGCCGGAGGACGACGCCGCAGGUGGUGAGGAUUCGCCAGAUGCCGUGCUGCUUCCGACCGCUGGCGGUGUUGUGAAGGCUGAAGCGCUCUUUUUGGGCGAGCAGAAUGACUAUGAGACGACGGAUGAGGAUGAGUCCGAUUGCCAGCUCUCCGACUCUACUGCUGCCAUCCCACCUGCCGCUGACGCUCCAGCUGCUUUGCCUGAUGGCAAGGGGAAUGCUCUUGCUGCUGCCGGCGGGUAUCAGAUGAUGGGUCGGGACAUGGACGUGGCGGAUGGAGAGUUCUUUGCCACUCUGAUUGAUUGCUUCGAUGGGAAGCCCAUGGAUGCCUUCCUUGUGUGAAGGAAGAACUGUGCGGAGGUGCAAAUGGCACUUGCAUGUACAUGAUUCCCAAGGCCCACUAAUAAGAGGACAAUCUGGCAGGGCAAAAACUAUAGGAGUAGGCAUGAGUCGUGGAGGCUAUUGCCUAUGUACCACAUUUUUUUACUUGAUGGGCAAAAACUAAUAUGUUUCAGAUCAUUUUUAAAAUGCCUUAAAAAUUUUAAGCUAGU